AUGGCCACUAUUAAAGCGCCAGCUCGUCUCCCGGAGCUCGUCAAAGCUGCCUUUGCCAAAGCCCUUCACGAAGGCGACCUCUCCUACUUUCCCACGCACGUGCAGGAUGUGCGCGUUGGCGCUCUCUCGUUCCAACUACGGUUCUCGCCCUCUCUCGCAAACAAGCCCAAAGCGCCUCCCAAGCAGCAAGGCACCACCUCGUCGCCAUCGCCAAAGCCGUUUGACCCGUUUGCGUACACGUCGCCGCCGCCCAGGCUCUUCGUCGCUGACGUGGGCGCCGCGCACUUUCUCGUGCUCAACAAGUUUGCCAUUGUGCCGGAGCACUUUAUCCUCGCGACGCGGGACUUCAAGCCGCAGACGCACGUCCUCGACGCCGACGACCUGUACGCCACGCUCGCCUGCAUCCGCGCGUACGAGGAGGGCAGCAGCAGCAGCAGCACCGCGCAUGGCGGAGGCGCGCUGUUUGCGUUUUUCAACUGCGGCGCGCACUCUGGUGCCAGCCAGCCGCACCGUCACAUCCAGCUCCUGCCCGUGGCGGCGAUGCGAGAGGGUCUGCCCGAGGACAGCGCCUGGAGCGUGCUGGCGUCGCGGCUGGACGGCGACGACGGCGCGGUGGCGCCAUUCAGGACCUUUUCGGACGCCAUCGGGUUGGACACCUCACGGGAGGAUCUGCACGCGACGUACUUGAGGCUCUAUGAGCAGGCGGUGCGCGCUGCUGCUGCUGCCAAAGACGACGAACCGGCCGCUGCCAAGUCGGGAGAGGAGGCGGCGGUUAGCUACAACAUGGCCAUGACGAGGGAUCGGCUGGUUCUCUGCCCCAGGCUCGCAGAGGGGGGCUCAAUCAAGGACCCGGACACGGGCGAUGUGGUUGGGCAGGUGUCGCUCAACGGCACGAUGCUGGCGGGCACAGCGCUGGUCAAGACGGAAGCCGAGUGGGAUGCCCUGCGCAGGAGUCCACGGGCACUGACGGCGGUACUGAAGAGUGUGGGCGUUGCGCAGCCGCAUUUCGUCGAAGAGAAUAUUAAACUGUAG